AUUUUGAUCACAACUGACUUUAUUCAACGCCGAAUGCUACGCCAAGAGAACUUGUAGUUGUAAUGUCAAAAUAACUAACCGCAAGAAAAUCAAUCAUACAGUGACGAUUUUGAUGUGUACAGCAAACACCAAAACAAAAGUUUACAAUAAUAAUUGCAAAGUUGGACACGUACUACAGCUUUGCAAGCACAAGAUGAACCUCUUUCUACACAUCCCGCUUAUGCUUGUGUUUCUUUCGUACACAGAAACGUCUUCUCCUAUACCAGAAUGGGACUACCUAACGUAUGCCCAGUUUUGGCCAACCAGCGAUUGUAUCCACCUUAAUAGUACAGGUGUUCCAUGCAAGAUUCCAGAAAAGACCAAAUCAUGGACAGUUCAUGGACUUUGGCCAACACACACCGGAACAAUUGGUCCAGGAUAUUGUAAUGAUUCGUGGCCUUUUAAUGUCAGCCUAUUGAAGACAAUUGAGAGUGACUUGCUGGUACGGUGGCCAUCAUAUGAAACGGAGAAACCUGAAACUAACCUGUGGAAUCAUGAGUGGAUAAAGCAUGGGACAUGUGCUGCGUCUCUUCCCUCACUUCGGGGAGAACUUAACUACUUCACAACAGGGUUGAAGCUCAAUAAAGAUACAUCCUUAGAAAGUGUCCUUGCUGCUGGUGGCAUUGUCCCAACAAAAGAUAGUUCAAUCCAGUAUGAGCUUUCAGACAUUGAAAGUGCUAUCAGAAAAGGACUGGGAACAUCAGGCAAUAUACUGUGUGCUUGGGAAAAGCACACAAAACUGAAUCAUCUGUACAGCAUAGAGAUUUGCCUGGACAAGAACCUUACCUACAUUGACUGCCCUGUUGGAAAAAGCAGCAUUUGGCCAGCGAACAGGUCAAUUAAUAACAUCGGAGACCUUAUUCUAAGUAACUCUGUCCUUGGGUCUGUAAAAGAAUACUGGCAUCAUGCGAGGAAAUUUAUUAAGAAUGUGAAAGUAAUGCAACAUAACGUUUAUAAUAAACGUGGUCGGUAUGUUCGAGAUACAAGCAUUGGAAAUAUGUUUGGUAAUACUGAGUUUUGUUCAGGAAAGGAAAGUAUUACAUAUUUACGAAUUGUUCACUCUUAGUUCUUGCAUGGUUAUCAUGUAUAAUGUUGAAAUUGGCUUUUAUCGCAGAGUAUUGUCGGCAGUACGUGUUAUUCGGUAAAAGUGAGAUAUUGGAUUGUAUUCUUUUCGUAAGGCAAUAAAUACACACGAUGUCUGACUUCCUCAAUGAGUGAUCUUAAUUAAGAAUUUAAUAUCAGCAAUAGAAAUGAUAAGAAUUACAGUCAGCAUUGGUUCUAUUUGUAUUACUCGUGAAUAUCAUGGCCUUUACUGUCUCGGCACUUGCCGUUUUGUCAGGCUCAUUUUGAAAAUGGUGCUGAAAUGCUAAUGAAGUGUAACUUUCUUUUGGUGCUUAUUUGUAAUAAAUUUGGUAUGUGCUAAUUUAUCAUCGAA